GUGUGCGCGCGACCGUCGUCGACGUCGAGUCAGAAAACUAGUUUACGCGCGCUCCGACUCAUAGGCGGACGCGUGCACGCGCUGAGUGAUCGACGCGGCGUAAGAGCGCCGCUCUUCAAUUCCUCAUAAUUAACGAUCUUCUGAAUUGUUUUUGGCGAUACGUCAGUCGUUUGAAUUAGCGAUGAAACAAGCAGUGGCAAGGUGUUGAUUGUGCGAGAGGUAGUGUAUGUAUUAUAUACGAUAGUGGAGCAGUGCAGCAAGGAUGGCGUCGUCGGCGGAGGGAAGCUUCGCACCAGUGUUUUUGUGAUUCAGAUUCGACGUCUCAGCAUCACAGACAUUUUCUAGUUUGACAAAACUCAAUGAUUAUGUCGUAUACAAACAUUCCAGACAAAGAUGAAUAAACAGUGUGGAACAAAGCUGGUGGUCGGUAGCAGCAGAAGCAACUUAUACAGCAGCAUCAGUGUUAGCGGUAGUCGUUGGAUUCGAAACAAAUGUAGAGGUGGCGAUAACCGAUCUGAAAAUUUCGUAUCAUUUGGCUUGUGAUAAGCCCGAGAAUCAGCACGCAGAUAUGCCCUUUGUACUACUGUCUUAAAUCCUCGCGCGCUGCGCAUCCUAAGGCAAGAAAACACGUACCCAAGUCGCGCGAGGAGCUGUAAGACUGGGAGUGCCGCAGGUAUUUAUAAAUAAUCGCAGUGCCAGGUGAUUAAGAGCGGAUACCGUACCGAAUGGACGUUGAAAUAUUGCACGCAGCUGCAUGCUAAAGUACUCUUCAGAAGAGGAUCGCAGCUCGGGGUAUUAUCAUGGAGGAGUCAGCGACAUCGAUGAUCGCCGCCCCGGCCGAGGACUGGCGUGACGAGAGCCUCGCUGUCUGGGAGGUAAUUGUGCUCGCCUUGAUUCUCACCACUACCUUCAUGGGUAACGUACUUGUACUUUUCGCCAUUUACCUGAAGAGAUGCAGAGGCAAGAGACAGAGACUCACAAGGAUGCAUUUCUUCGUGAUGCAUUUAAGUGUCGCCGAUUUGAUCACGGGAUUGCUGAACGUGUUACCCCAAUUGGCCUGGGAUGUAACCUUUAGGUUUCAGGGUGGUCCGAUACUCUGUAAAUUAGUCAAAUUUUGUCAACCACUAGGCUCUUACUUGAGUUCGUACGUGCUCAUAGCAACGGCCGUUGACAGAUAUCAUGCAAUUUGCUAUCCACUAAGCUACUGUAGAACAACGUCACGCCGAUCGAGAAUUACAGUUUACGUAGCAUGGCUGCUCGCUCUUCUCUUUUGUUUACCGCAGGUAUUUAUCUUCUCAUAUCAAGAGAUUUCCGCAGGUGUUUGGGACUGUUGGGCGACAUUUACCGUACCGUACGGAGAAAGAGCCUAUGUUACCUGGUAUAGUGUGACUGUUUUCUUACUUCCCUUUUGCGUGCUGACCUUCACCUACGCAGAAAUAUGCUGCAGUAUCUGGCGAAACCGCGAGGUCAUGGUACUAGCAAGCCACGAACGACAGCAGGCCCUUACAAAAGAGGGUCGCAGCCAAACCACCCUCAUAUCUAAAGCAAAGAUAAAUACUGUAAAACAGACGCUGGCCGUCGUUACACUAUAUGCGGCCUCUAGCAUACCAUUCGUGGGAUGUCAGUUAUGGGCAACGUGGGAUCCUUUCGCCUCGUCUUCAGCUUUCUUCGAUGGUCCAAUUUUUACGAUUCUGUCUUUGCUCAGCAGUCUAACAAGCUGCGUUAACCCCUGGAUUUACUUAACGUUUAGCUAUGAGCUGCGCGCUGCAUUGACGAAAUUUUUGCGCAGCUUGAUAAAACGAGACCGCACUUCAAGAUUUGAACGAGCAUCAAGCAAUGCUAAUUCAAACGAAACAAGGUCCUCCAAAAGGUCUUCCUUCAUUUCGAGAAUGUCUCGCUACACAAGUUUUAUCAUUUAUGGUCCAAUGCGAACGAUAGAAAUAGUAAAUAAACUGUAUAUAUAGUCAUUUAUCGUGACAUGUGUAUAUUAUGUAUAAAUGUCAAUUUUGUACCAUAGUGUGUACAUAAUUUUUUAAGUUAAUAUUACAUAAAAUUUAUUCUUUUA